CUGGAAGAGGCUGAGAGCAGAGAGCUUCUGAAUUUCGGGUGUUCUCCAAGAACUCAUCUGGUCUACAUCCUUCAAGGAGAGAGUUUCACUUUUAGUAAAGACGGCUUAAGAAGGUCGAAGAUAUGGAUCACAUCGGGUAAACUCGGCGAGUGACGCGACCUAUCUUGCGGAUGCCUGUCUGCGCUUCGUCAGUGGCUAUAAAUACAGAGACCUCUCGGCGAUAGUGGAAGCCGUCAAGCCACUGUCAUUCAUCACUCCGCUUUUUCCAGCCGAUAUUACCGUUAGAAUGUGCUGGAGUAGCAAACCCUUUGUUCUUUACCUAUUGGCCAUCUUCCCUCUUUUCACCCUAAUCCAUCCUUCAUGCUCGGCCUCUCAUCUCGAACGCCGCAAACACAAGCACAGGCACUCCGGCCCCCCUCUCAAUUUCCUUUAUAUAAUGACACAACCUGUUGACUAUACCAACGGCCCACUGAAGAUCUACGCCGCAGACGGCACUAUCGCUUACGAGUUUUCUAAGGUCCAUCUGGACUCCGAUCAAGGGCUCUCCACCUGUGAGCUUCAGACCGGCUCUUCUCAAACUGUCUUUGACCUUGUCUCGUUAAAUGAUUUUUGCGCUGUCAAGACAACUUUCGAGGAGCCGAAAUCCCCAACAUCAAAACAUCGAAGAGUUGAGAUUUAUCCGCGCGGCAUGUUAAAGGACAAAUGGAGAUUCAGCUACAUUGACGACGCUGGGGUGCGGCAGAACUUUAAGUUCAACAGAGGGUUUGCCAAUAAAGGUGGUCAAAUUUAUGCGCAAGUCAAUGGACACGAUGGCGAUCUCAUCGCUGAACUUAAGAACGAAAGGCGUAAGGAUUCCUGGUUGACCAAAGGUUCCGAAAAGGUCUCCGUCUACACCCUCUCGUGUGCUGAGAAUUCCCCCAGAGAGCAAUUGAUCGCCUUCAUGGCCUUGGUGUUCACCCGAGUCUCACACUGCGGGCUAUGAUAACAUACUACUGAUUCUGGCCUGUCUUGCUAAUUUAAUGCUUCACUCACUUGACCCAACUAUAAACAAUCUACAUUCCAGC